GGGGAAGACGAGGGCUGGGAUCACUAGUUCAGUUUGAUCAAAUACUGUGGGUUUCGAAGUGGAAGCAACAGGUAGUGAGUGGAAUACCUGUCUGUGGCCCACCUGAGAGUCUGAGGGAACAGUGAGGAUUGCGUGGCCGUAGGGCAGUGUUGCGUUCCACCCGCGUGUUCCAAAGAGAUGCAGUGACACCCCAACAAUGUGACUGACGGCUCCUCAGUGAUAACCAAGCCCAGAAAAGGUGUUCCAAGGGGUGAGAUGGUGCUGUGGGACGCGCUAAGUGCAUUGAAAGUGAGAUAAAAGUGUGCGAGAGUUUUAGAAGAUUGAAAAACCAUCUUCAAAACUCCAUAGACCUACCUCAAAUAUUGUCUUCCACCCCUUAUGUCUUUAACCAAUAACACACCCGCCAUGACGAACCUGAUUGGAACGGAGUAAGAGGAGAGACUAAACUCCAAUCGUGCCUUGCUCCACAACACUCAGGGAACAUUUACAAACAAUAGGAGAAACCCGAGUGCAGGAUGGUACACUGGGGCUUGCCGUGGAGAGGACAGUAUCGGCCGGUGGUGGUCUCAACGGCGGUACUACUGGCGCAGCUCCUUCAGGGUGUGACCGCGAAUAGGUGUGCCGACGUCGAGUGUGAGGAAACCUGUGAUGAAAGUGAUGAUCUGUUCCAUCCGCAGAAGUGUGACGACUGCUGCUCCCAUACUACAGUCUCUUCUGCAGGCUCAGGAGACGAGGGUGAUACCUCAGGAAGAAUGGAUGAGAUGGAGACGGCCCUAAGCGAGCUGCGGGUGAUGGUCGGGGUGCUGCUGGCCCUGAUGGUGCUGCUCCUGGUGGGGGUGGUGGCGCUGCUCCUCCGUCUCUCCUCAAGCAAGGGCCUCAAGGUGACCCUCCCGGUGUUCUUCAGGAGCAAGGACGAAGGGCGUGCCAGCAUUGAGAAGCACCCGCCGCCGCCUUCUAUCAAAGUCCCCAACGAAAACCGCAAUUCAACGGUGGUCAGAAUUGCCGAUUAUCAGAAUAACCACAGUCCUCUGAAUAGACGCAUGCGACCGAACGGCCAGGCAGUCCAUGAACACUCGAUGGCAGGCCACAACCUUCCCUCCCAUGGCGAACGUCCCCGAGCACGCCAGCCCUCGGAGUCCACCUGCCCCGACGACAGUACCGAGCUGCCUCACCCCCACCAGCAUGCCUACGACAACCUGGCGUUAUCCACCUCCACCCUCCACGACACCACCACCUCAUCCACGUCUACACUGGGUCCCGCGGUCUCCACUAAUACGCUGGACACCACGUUGCCCUCUGUUAACCCCACGACACCUGUGCUUAGAUCUAUGUCUACGUAAGACUCGUGUAUAAAGGAGAGACAUUUCUGCCCCCCCCGUGUUCAUCAGUGUCCUGGGUCCUGCAGUCUCCACUGACUUGUUGGACACCAUAAUGCCUUUUUUUCAUCCCCCGACACCCAUCUCAAGAUCAGUCUCUACAUAAGGUUUGGGUGUAGAGAAGCCUCUGCCUCUUGUGUUCCCGCUCAGUCACCUGCCGAGUGCAAUACACGUGAUAAGAGUCCGUCCAUAUCGUCUUGUCAUUACAUUAACGCAAUUUCCUGAGCGAUGAUUCGUUAUAGGGACUGGUGUCGACUACUUCAUUGUGGCCUGAUGUAAAUAUAAAAUGUGAACUAUAAGUUACAUUAGAUACUAGUGAUAUGCCUGUUUUUGUGUUAACAUCCCAAGACUUUUGUAUAAAAAGACAUUAAAAUGUUUUUAAGUUUUCAAAUUAUUACAAAUCCUGUUAUAUAUGAUCCAUUUUACCAUUUACUAAAUGUUAGCCUUCCAGAUCUAUUGCCAAUAUAAGACAAAAAAGUACAAUUAACUGUUACACAUAGUUUAGCUUUACGACUAACCUGGAACACUAAUGCUUUGUAACUCAACAGUUUAACCUUGAAUAACAGAAUGAUUCCCUACUGAAACCCAAGCAUAUACAUACGUACUGUACUAAUAGCAUUUGUUGUGUUCGUCACUACCAAAAGUCUAUGCAAAUCAUAAUAUGAAAUAUAUAUUGCUCAUAGUAUACAUGUAAUUUUCUAAAAUGAAUUCUUCUAUAUUA